CCAAUGAAGCAAAGCCAACAGUACACUUCUCUACUCUUCCUCGAUGGCGAUUCGUGUAGGCCAAAUCGUCGUCGUCGUCUUCUUCUUCCAUUAAACCCAUCUCUUCUUCUUCUUCUUCUUUUGUUGCUAGGGAUUUAACUUCAUCUCUUUACAUAUGUGUUCUCUCUGAUUUUUCGUGUUUUCCCCCACUGAGAAAGUUUCAAUUUUUUUUUUGGCUUCUGAUGUCACAUUUGGUGAUUUUUUAAGGGAUGAUCCCUAUAAGGCUAUGACCCUAUGCUAUGAAGUGGUUAGGAGGCAGGAAGUAUAGAAAAAGUUGAAAACUUUAUCAUCCUCUCAGGUCAGUUUUGAGUUCCCAAGUAACAUUUCAACUUGUCAAGUUUGCUUGGAUUUAGAUCCGGUUCGGUGUGACUCAGCCAAGAUGGAUCACUCGGCUUGAAGGCUAACACUGCAAACUUAUGGCGGAUCUUGAUUGUUGAUGUAAGAAACCGAUUCGGCAAGUUCAUCAAAAGCAAUCAUGAACAGACAUAGCCUUGUCUCAACGGCACCAAAUGAAUGCAAUAAAGGAGUUGGUCAAGCUUGCUUGUCUUCUCUACCUCCGGUGCAUAACUUUCUGAAUGUCCAGCCAGAAACCCGGAAAUCUCCCUUCAUAAGAUCACAAUCUCCAGAUUCACCUGGUCAGCUAUGGUCUAAGAAUACUUCUCAGAGCACCUUCUCUCGGUCUUCAACCUUCUGCACAAACCUCUACCUGUCAUCAUCUUCUACCUCUGAGACUCAAAAACAUCUAGGAAACAGCCUUCCUUUCCUCCCUGAUCCCUCCUCUUACAGCCACUCAGCCUCUGGAGUGGAGUCUGCAAGAUCUCCAUCUGUUUUCACUGAGGAUUUGGGCAAUCCAUAUGGUGGAGGAGACAACUCUGGAUCGCUUGUCAAAGAUUUCCUUAAUCUUUCCGGGGAUGCUUGUUCUGAUGGCGGUUUUCAUGAUUUUGGCUGUUCGAAUGACAGCUACUGUUUAUCAGAUCAAAUGGAGUUGCAGUUCCUGUCUGAUGAACUUGAGCUGGCCAUCACAGACCGUGCUGAAACUCCCAGGCUUGAUGAGAUCUAUGAAACGCCAUUGGCUUCGUCAAAUCCAGUUACCAGGUUGAGUCCAAGCCAAAGCUGUGUUGCUGGAGCAGUGUCUAUUGACGUAGUUUCAUCUCACCCUUCUCCGGGAUCAGCAGCCAAUCACAAGCCAAGAAUGAGAUGGACUCCUGAGCUCCACGAGUCUUUUGUAAAGUCGGUGAUCAAACUUGAAGGUCCCGAAAAGGCCACUCCAAAGGCUGUUCUGAAGCUCAUGAAUGUUGAGGGCUUGACGAUCUAUCACGUAAAAAGCCACUUGCAGAAGUAUAGACUAGCCAAGUAUAUGCCAGAGAAAAAAGAAGAGAAAAAGAAUGAGAACUCAGAAGAAAGGAAACUGGCUUUGAGUAACAGUGAAGCUGACGAGAAAAAGAAAGGGGCCAUACAGUUAAUUGAAGCUCUGCGUAUGCAGAUGGAAGUUCAGAAGCAAUUGCAUGAACAGCUUGAGGUGCAACGGGUGCUUCAGCUGCGAAUUGAAGAGCAUGCUAAAUACUUGGAAAAGAUGUUGGAAGAACAACGCAAAACCGGAAGGUUGAUUUGUUCUUCUCCUUCUCAGACAGUGUUAUCACCUAGUGAUGACUCUAUACCAGAUUCUCAAAACAUGUCUAAAACCGAAGCAACUUCUCCUCAGCCGUCACCAUCUAAAAAGAAAAAAGCUUCUGAAACCGAAGUCAACAAAUGUGAAAGCCCUCAGAAACGUCCCAGGCUUGAGAACAAAGCUGAUCUUGAAGGUCCUAAUAGGUAGCAAGAUUCUUCAAGUAUGUAAAUAUUGUAUGUUUUGUGUAAUUUGGUUAUAGAGAGAAUGAGAGAUGGUGGUGAUCACUCAAAGUAGAUGUUUGUAAUGUAGAUCUUUAUCGUGUAAACUUAUAAAGGAUCUUGAGGAUGUUCCUUUCAUUUGCUUGUUAUAAUUGAUAAGUUUGGUCU